AAGAAUUAGAGAUAGCAAUACAGAAGUUGUUGAUAAUGCUUUUCAAAGUCGUUCAGCUGCCGAAAAUAUUCCAGGAUUUCAAUGGUGCAAAAAUGGUUGUGGUUCCGGUCAAAUACAUAUUAAUCAUCAUGGUAAUGUCGCUAAUGUUG